AUGCCGCGGUUUCCUCCCCCUCCUGAGCGUCGAGUGUCUGAAGAUGGCCAAUUUCUUCCGCCGGAGAGAUGGGAGAGGAUAGAGGAGGGAGUGUACGUCGCGUACCUCCAUCUCACGCAUCCGCGGUGGCAUGAAGAAAACGACGUGCCGGGACUGUAUAUCGAUCCGCCAGAGGGGACGCGCCGCCUCGUGCUGCGGUUGAAGUGGGAUCCCAACUAUCCGAGGGUUCGGUAUGCGGAUGUCGUCGUCGGCGAGGUGGCGAUGCAUGCCGACAUUGUCGUUGUUUUCGAGCCUGUGCGCGUCGAACCGCUGGGCGAGCCGACGUCGCGGGACUCUGAGGAGGGGAGUGGGUCAUGGAAUCGACGCCGCCGGUCAUCCAGCCCAACACGGCCUAUGAAACGUCCCCGCCACUCCUCGCCCAACCCCACUCCAACAUUACAUACCCGCGCACCAUCCACGACCGAGCCUGAUCCGGACACAUACCAUGACCCGCUGCGUGGCUUCGGUAUCUUCGGCAACUUGUGCUACGCGCUCAUGAACCGGGUCAUCGAGCAGGGUGCGGCCGUUUGUUUCGUCGGCGUCGAGGCUUGCAACCGGCGCGAGUUGUUCUUCCCACCAGCCCAGGAGGAUACGGCUGCAGCUGCGCGAACAAUGUUGGGAAUCGUACUCGAUUCGGUGCUUGUUCUCCCAGAGGAGUUUGGGUGGGAUUGUAUCCACGCAUGGAGGAGUAGGGAGAUGGGUGAGGGAUGGUUUGAUGGGCUUGUUGCGACGGGCAUGCGACGGCACUUUCGUUUCGAGAGUGCUGAGGCUUGGCGGAACGAGGAAGGAGAGCUGCGUCAAUUGGAGAGUGGGAAGAUUGCAUGGGAGGAGUACGAGGAGCGGAUGCGCGACAGUGCUGGGGUUACCGAGAGGAUGGUGGCGCGGUUCGGAUGA